AUGUUUCGCGCUAAAUUUGCAAUCCUCCUUGUUAUUGUUGGUUGUUACUGUUUUGACUACGAAUAUCGACUGCCCGAGGACUUUGUGCCACUGACCUAUGACGUCACGUUGACGUUGAAGAGCUUUUCCAAUAAGAUUUUUGGAAUGGUAAGUCUUGACGAAGCGUUGUUUUUGCAAUGAAGGUCGCACGUCAAAUCCAGCAGGGAAGUUUUCAAAUUGAAUUUUCGUCCUAAAAAUUAUCGAAAAAAAAUUUCCUCCAGGGUUAACCGGUCUAAAUAAGCCUCAAAAAAUCUGAAGAUUGGGCCCUCUGACCUAGGAGACCCCCCGUUGAAGAAGCCCCUCAAAUAUCAUCCUAUUUUUUUAUUUUGAAAAAAAAAUUUCAUCGUAUAAUAUGUCACACUUUUUUCAUAUUAGAAAAAAAUUUCAUCAUACAACCUGUCAAUUUUUUAACGGUCAACACGUCACUUUUCAUUUUGAAACUUUUUACAUUUCUCCAAAAAUGGGUCUCUUCAUUUUGAGGGCCUCUUCGGCUUCAAAAAGAUCAGAAACCUAGAAAACGGUCAGCUUUGUCAAAAAGGACCUGGUUUUUGUCAAAUUGGCCAAAAAAUCGGUUAAAGAAGAUUCUGCUGACCACCUAUUUGUGACAAAAAAACUGACUUCCAUCCAGUUCCUUUUGCUCCACCUCAAAGACUUCUCUUGAAAAUUUUUAUUUCGGACUUCUUUUCAGGUUCAAAUCCAGCUUCAAUGUAAAAAUUCGACAAAUUCGAUUACCCUCCACGCCUUUCCCAACUUUGUUACUGUUGAAGUAAGGCAAUGCCAUUAUCAGUCUGUCGGGAAAAUAAUCAGCACAAUGCCGCUGCGCCGAUUGCAUCGCAGUGAAAAGCAAUUUGUUUUUGCCGCAACACAACUAAUUUUUUGACUAUGCGAUUUUCGAUGCGACAGAGUGCUUAUUAUUUCCCCGACAGACUGAUAUUUAUUGUAAAAUAUUUUGUAAAAACACUGCCUGCUUUCAGCACGCUUUACUCGAGAACAAACUUCUCGACGAAGCCUCGCAAUUAGACUUCCCUUUCACAAACACCACGCGACAAACGAUUACCUUCGAAUUCCCCGAGGAGCUGAUUGAAAAUCACGUGUAUUAUCUGAGCAUCUGGUACAGUACUCGAUUCGCGACGCAGAAGAACGGGAUCAUCAAAAACCGCGACUUUAAGGUAAACAUUCGGUCUGUCGGGAAAAUAAUGAGCACUCUGUCGCAUAAAAAAUCGCAUCGCCGCCGAGAAAAUCAAUUGUAUCGCGACAAAAUCAAAUUUUUUUUCACUUUAGCGACGCGAUUGGCGCAGUGAUCAUGGCUCAUUAUUUUCCCGACAAACUGAUUGAUUUUUGGCAUUUUCAUCAAAAGCCAAUUAAAUUGCAUUUUAAAAUGUGUAAGCGUUGUUUAGAGCAAAGGUCUGUGGAUUCACACGCUUCUGGAGCCGAGGUAUGCAAGAAUGGUCUUCCCUUGCUUUGACGAGCCAAAAUAUCGCGCGUCUUUUCGACUGGAACUUUGGCUGGAAGGGAAAUGGGCGGAUCCCAGGUGAGAUGGACUUUGUUUUCAUAUUUUUUUUUUUUUGAUUAUUAGUUUUUCCAUAAAAUGGGUAGACAUGUUGUCGCAAAGCCUUCCGCACUGUGCAUUUCACUUUUUCAUUGUGAAAUUCGAAAAUUGGCGUAAGCUUUUUUGAACUGCGUCACCGCGAAUUUUUCGCGCGCGACCAUUAGUGCGAAAUAUCGUUCAAAAUGGGCACCGUACAAAAAGAGGCAAAAUGCAGCGUGCAUCACGACAAAAACCCAAGGAACCUUUAUGGAAUGACUGUGGUAUCGCGAUCUUUCGAUUCACAGUGCGAAAACCCAGAAAAAUGUGAAAUGCAUAGUUGCAAAAUGAAGGGGUUUUGUACACGGUAACAAAUUUCCAUGCAAUUUUAGAAAAUAACAGUCUGUCGGGAAAAUAAUGAGCAUAACAUCGCUGCUCCAAUUGUAUCGCUGAAGUGAAAAGCAAUCUGAUUUUGCCACGACACAACCCACUUUCUCGGCGGCGAUGCGAUUUUCGCUGCGACAUUUUGCUCAUUAUUUUCCCGACAGACUGUUAUUUUUUCCCAAAUUUGGGAAAAAUUCAAGCCAUAAUCUUUUAGCUGUCUCCUUGACGACUUAUUUCUCACAAAACAAAAUUUUCCACCAUGUAUCGCCUUCAAAAUUGAACUCUAGAAACUGCUAUAACAAAAGCUAACAGCUCCUCAGCUUGCUGACAUCCCAGAGGAUCAAUGGUUUAUUAAUAAAUCCUUGUUUUUCAGCUACACAGCCCUCUCCUCAAUGCCAUCCCGAGCAACUCAAUGGAACAGCAAUCUGACAAUCUGGGAAUUCGAUCCCACCCCUCCAAUCCCCCCAUACAUCUUCAAUUUCGCCGUAGGGAAAUUUCAGUCGUUCUGUCAACAGAGCAAUCACAUCGGCCGCGAAGUGUGCAUUUUUCGAUUGGACGGCAGAGAGGAGUGGAAUAAAACGGCGGAAAUAGUCAUCGACAAAAUCGGAGUGUAUCAAGUAAGUGGGUUGUAAAAUACGGCGACCUCUCCCGUCAUGAAGUCGGUUUACAAUGCGCAUUUAGAAAGGGAUGACAGAGUAUUUGAAUACCUCUUCGAUGGCGCAAAUUAAUGUUCUGGCCGGGCCAACCAAACUCCGAGGAAUGGAGAAUUAUGGGCUGCUGCUUAUGAACGAAAAUGUAAGGGAAGAAUAUUAGAUAGGGUGCUCUUUAUUUCCCCGACAGACUUAUAGUUCAAUGGUUCGCCUACGCUUUUAGCUCUGGCCAAAAACCGAGAAAUCCCUGGAGAUCUUCAUGAACACCAUGUAUCACGAGUUGGCUCAUCAGUGGUAAGCAAUAUUGUAGUCUUCUUCAUUUGUUUUUCCUAGGUUUGGAAAUUUAGUGACUGUGGUAAGAUCAGGUCUAAAUUUCCUUACAUUAUACGAUGGUUUAAGGACUUUUGGGACGACAUAUGGCUUUCCGAGGGACUGACAACAUUUAUGAGUAAAGCAAGGCCAAUUGUGUAAGUUUUGAGGUAAAAUGCGACAGGUGUGACAUGGUUAUUGCCUAGUAUGUAUAUCAACCUUUUUCUUCUUAAUUUCCAGUUUCAACUCCGCCUGGGACUUCCAAACCUUCCCUGUUGUCCAUGGAAAAUGGGCGCUGGAUAUUCCAGCUAUUGCUUAUAGCAAAGCGUCCGCUCUUUUGGAGAUGCUGAACAGCGUUAUUGGAGAUUCACAAAUGAGAACGUUGCUUCAAACGUACGUGAAGAAACAUCAAUACAAACACGCCAGCACCGAGGAUUUUUUGAGCAUUUUAUUGGAGGUUACGGUAAGUUAUCUACAUUAAAAUUACUUUGCAAUUUUUCAGCAAGACCCCUCUCCCCUUAUGUUUCUAAAGUCCUGGCUUUACACUGGGAGUCAGCCAAUUGUCAUCAUCGAAUACAACUCGACCAAUCAGAGCUUCACCGUCUCACAGACUGGUCAAGUCGUCGAGUUGAGCGCAAAUCGAUGGUUUAUUCCGAUUUGGAUCGAAUGUUUAGCCGGCUCAAUGCCCGAGAAGCUUCAUUGGAUCUUGCCAACGGAGAAUUUGAUACUGCCGUUACAAUCUUUGACCAGUACGAAUGGUACGGAUAGUGUUGCGUUCAAUCGAAAUCGAUCCGUUUAUUAUCAAGUUUCGUAUCGGUAUUAA